UGGUCAGUCGCCAUCUUUUUACAAUUUAAUAUUUACCAUUUGUAUUUUGUUAUUACUUUACUUAUUAGGUACUUCUCGUGAGUCGUGUGAAUUAAUGCAAUUUUUAUAUUUAUUAACGUUUAGUACAUUUGAGUUAUUUUGUUCGUAAUUUAUUUUUCCUGCUAAAGGACUCAUUUAGGAUCUGGAUUAGCCUAUCCAGUAUAGAAGUACUAUCUAAGCAUUUGGUCACUGAUCUAAGGUCAGAAUGAGUAAUGGCACUAGGGUGUUCGUUGGUGGCCUGUCUCAUCGCGUACGCGAAAGGGAUCUUGAAAGGUUUUUCCAGAAAAUUGGCAGAGUGAAGGACAUUGCUAUGAAGAAUGGAUAUGCUUUUGUGGAAUUUGACGAUUACCGUGAUGCAGAUGAUGCAGUCUAUGAAUUAAAUGGUCGUGAACUAAAUGGUGAAAGAGUAUCAGUAGAACGUGCUCGUGGAACACCAAGAGGUAGUGAUGUUUGGCGUGGAUCAGGACGUGGUGGUGAUUUACCGCCACCUCCACCGAGAAGACCUCGACGAGAUGCUAGGGAUGAUAGAAAUGAUAGGUAUGGACCUCCCACAAGAACAAAUUACAGAUUAAUUGUUGAAAAUUUAUCCAGUCGUGUUAGCUGGCAGGACUUGAAGGACUUCAUGCGCCAAGCUGGAGAAGUAACUUAUGCCGAUGCACAUAAACAACGCAAGAAUGAAGGUGUUGUCGAGUUUGCAUCCUAUUCGGAUCUCAAAACUGCACUUGAUAAGUUGGAUGAUACAGAGUUAAAUGGCCGUCGAAUAAGACUUGUAGAAGACAGGAGCAGUAGUCGUGGGCGUGGUGGCGGUGGUAAUGGUAGGCGUAGCCGUAGUCCCUCGAGUUCACGUUCUCGUUCCAGCUCUAGGUCUCGUUCACGCCGCCGUCGUACAAGGAGUCGAUCACGUAGCCAUUCCAAGUCAAAAUCCGGAUCGCGUUCAAAAUCUCCUUACAAGUCUCCAGCCCAUUCCAAAUCACGAUCCCGUUCACCUUCUAUAGACAAAAAGAGAUCCCAAUCGCGUUCACAAUCAAUUUCAAAUAAGCGUAUUAAACGUGAUUCACGUUCUCCUGAUGACAAAUCGCGUUCACCAUCCAGAGAGAAAAAUGGUGAUGCCAGCCCGCAAUCUGGAGAUGAUUAGAGAUUUAAUUGUAUCCUGAACUUAUAUAUUUUUUUUUAUUAUGACAUUCAACUUUUUUUCUAUCCAGUUUAACUUAAUGUUCACUUAUAGUUUAACCAUUUGACUAGGUUAUAUAUUUAUGUUCAAUGCCGUAGAUAGUACCUAUUAUCGAUUAUACAGAACAUUUUAUAUUGUAUAAAUAAUAAUAAUAAUAUUAAAAGAAAACCUCGGUGAACGUGUACGAUACUUCUAUCAUUUAUAAGUGUAAAGGAAAAUGUUUCUACUGUCUAUUCUUUAUAUAAUAUUAUUAUUAUUACUAUAAGUUCAAUGAUAAUCACCUUUGGGCUAUUUAAUUUGUAUGGACUGUGUAUUGAUUAUAUACUUAAAAUUGAGAAACA